CACACCCUUCUCUCGCUGUCAACUAUAUAUACACAUAUUAAUUUGGGAGGCACAUCGAUCGACGAAGAGAUCGAUUUGGGAGGGAGGGCUUAACUAAUUCCUCAUGUGUACUGGCACUGAUGCUGAUUCUGUGCCCUGCAAGAAAGAGCUCUUCCGCCUGAUCUACAAUUCUCCUCUCUACCUUCGUAACGGCGGCAAGCAGCUGGAAAUAAAUCGAUUUCCAGUCUCUGCACUUGAGAGGAGAUACUACAUUGUGCUGUGUAGACUUGGCCACAGCGAAAGAUAUCAAUGUGACAUUGCUAUUAUGUACCGCAAGGUUCGCUGCUCGUAUCGCUCUCUUGGCCAGUCAUUGAUGCCAGGAGGUCAUGUGAAUAACUUCCUGAUUUCCGUUUUCUGUCGGAAACUGUUUGAUGACUGCCAUCCUUCUAUUUCUAAAAAGCAUUUCUUCUUCUCUUAUAUUGGGGAAAACAUUCUCAAAUACAAUAGCAGAGAUCAGUUUAAACUCAUACGUAACGCUUUUAAAGGUGCGAGUUUAGCAAUGAAAAUUGAUGCAUGCGAAUUGCUCUUUUUCCCUAUAUGCCAUUGUGAGCACUGGUUUCUAUUUGUUGUCGAUCUACAGAACUGUUUAUUUGCAUUUAUGGAUUCCUUAUACAGUAAAAAGUCUCGCUAUCAAAUUGUGGUCAGAAGCUUGCUUAUUGGUAAUUUCAAGCAUCUUUGGAGAGAAGUAGUUGAUCCAGAGUACAAUUUUGACAAUUUCCGAAUUGUCUAUCCUGCGAUACCAAGACAAGGAAAUGGGCAUGAUUGUGGCAUCUUUGUCAUGAAAUGCAUGGAGAUUUGGACCCCUGGAGUAGUUCUUCAUGAUUAUUUUUCAAAGGUCAACAUACCAAACAUAAGGAUUCAAUACGCAAAUCAGCUCUUCUUCAGUUCCAAUAAUACUGUUGAUAAAUCUUUGGUAACGGAUUUUUUCAGAGAGGGCAAACUUCAUCUGGUCAGAAAGAGUACAACUUCACCUCCAAGCGAGUUCCAUAUAACGAAGAAAUAGACAUUGCAUAUAUAGGGAAAUCUGAGAAGCAUAGCGUUGAUAUUGUCUGGACUUGAUGAUCACUAUAUAAAUUCAAUUCAAUUCAAUA